AUGUACGUGUCACUGGUAGGAAGGUCGAACGUCGGAAAGUCGCGCCUGUUUAACUCAAUACUGUCGCACGCGGGCAGGCGCUCGACGGUGCUGAGGUCAAUAGUGUCUGAAAAGCCGGGAACGACGCGGGACUCGAAGCAGAGCCACAUGUACAUACGGGGAAACAGGGUUACGCUGGUGGACACGGGAGGCUUUGAGGGAUUCCACUGGAGCGGCGCCGUCAGCACACACCACGGAAGCAUUCCAAACAUUAACGUCGAAAAAACGUUUACGCACAUUGAAAAUGAGGCACGGAGGGCCAUACAGAGCUCAAACUUGGUCUUCUUCGUAGUUGACGGGAAGGAGGGAGUCACGCCCCUGGACAUUCAGCUGGGAGAGAAGCUGAGGGCCUGGAUAGAGGGGCUGGAAAGGAAGCCGGAGGUGAAGCUGGUCAUAAAUAAGCUGGAGAACGAUGGAUCCGAAGAGUACUACGAGGAGCUGAGCGAAUGCCUCGCGGACUGCUACAGCCUGGAGUUCGGAGAGCCAGUGGUGGUGAGCGCGCACACGAACGAGGGCAUCGAGGAGCUCACGGGCAUAAUAAAGUCGAGGCUGGCGCCAAGGGACAUGAGGAAGUUGGAGGACAUGGCGAUCCUCGGUAACAACUCGGAAGGAGACCAGGAAGCAGCCGACGAGGAGUUGGAGGACAUUGAGGAGCUCCACAGGCACUGCGAGAUUGAGAAGACGCUGAGGACCUGCUCGAGCGUGAGGGGCACCUACAGGCCUAAUGAACGGUGGAUGAAGCUGCUGAACAGCGUCUGCGGAAUACCGUUCGUAGAGAGGGAGGAGGGGCAGUUCGUGAUACCCUCAAUGAUGUCGCCGUCAGAAAGACUGGCACGCCUGUACAUCUCAGACAAGAGGAAGGCAACUAACCACGACAGUGGCGGUGCUGUGAAUAGUGGCCCACUCAGCAGUUGUGAGCCACAGCAGGGCACUGACGAGGUACGUGCGGAAGAGCCAUGUGCUGAGAACGCUGAUGAUAAAAUGGGAUCGAACCGCGGCGUCGGAAGCAGUUUUAGGUCCGGGCCAAAGUCGAAGACCAGGAUACAUGAGGAGAACGUUGUCAAUCCAAUCAGCGUUCUGGUUCUGGGAAGCGUCGAUAGCGACCGCGACAGGUUGUUGUCGCUGCUGUGCGAGAACUACGAGCAAAACAAAGUAUCGGACCUGUCGCCGAACUGGCACUCAUUUUACUCAAGCUGGCAGCUGAGGCUUGGCGGCAAGACUGUGGAGCAGCCGGUCGAGAUCGUCGUGACUGCAGCACUGAAUCUGGGCGGAUCUUUGGGGAAGAUGGCGGUGGUGCAGACGCUGUCGCUGCUGCGCAGGUGCGACUUCGUCAUUUUCUGCAUAAACAACACGCACGAGCUACGGAGGAGCGACUACGGAACCAGGAAGGUGGCCAUGUCGAAGCGGGAGGUGGCCUGGCUGUCCAGGGCUGUGAGGUUUAAGAAGCCUACUACGCUGGCCGUCCACGUCGACGACAGCUCCAGGGACUGCCAGCUCUUCCUGACGAAGGAGUAUCCACUCAGCUUUGAAUUCACUAGCAUUCCAAUAGUUCCAAUUCCCAGUGGUAGCAAAUCUGCCCAGAAGUUGAAAAACACAAUCGGCUCACUUCUCCACAGGGGCAAACGGAUGGUCGACACCAGCACCUUGAACGCCUGGCUGAGCGCCUUCGUGGCGCGGUGGCCCCCUCCCUGGAAGGAUGGGUCCAAAGUCAACUUGAAGUUCGCAGCGCAGGUGCGCGCCAGUCCGCCCACCUUCGUCCUGUGGUCCAACGUGUAUGCCACCUUCCCUCAGCACUACCUGAGACAGCUUAAACUGGCCCUAUCUGAGGAAUUUGGCUUUCUAGGGGUUCCCCUCAAAUUUGUUUUAAAAACUACUUUUACACCGUCACGGUCCAAGAGAAUUACGCCUCUUAAGCUAAAGCGUCAAAUUCACAACUAA